GACAGGUGUGCAUGGAACAUACUGUACCACAUAGGGUCUUUCGAAAAGAUUCAACCUUGCAGUCUCAAGCAGUCGGCACAUUUCCCUGGCUGAGAGGCAGCCAUGGUCUUGCGCACAUACUUCUGGUCCAUUCCCUUUUCCAAGCAGGGAAAGGUGCGUUUCUCGGUGGCUUUGACCAAUGAGAUGUUCCUGCCUUUGCCCAUCGAUUUUGAUCUGGAGAUUUCUCUUGUGGAGAAUGGAAGGUGCCUGGAAGGGCUUGUCCUGAAAGACUUGAAAGUCACCAUGCACGAGAAUUGUGGUGGCGUUGAAGCCGAAGUGGAAGGUGCUUUGCCCAGGGAGGUGGAGGGUGCGACUGACCUCCGGCUGCUGGUCACGACCUCCAGCUGGCCAUCCGAGUCAUCCGGGUCGCGGGUUGGCGAAGAUCGGAGCAGAUCCCGCAGCCCAAGAAAUCGAUUUGCUCGAGAUCUCGAAGUGAGAUGCAGUGCAGACUUCGAGUCCAAGAGCUUUCUGAGGCAUUUGUCGCCUGUGGAAAGGCUGGGGUCUGACAUGGCGACCCUGACCUGCAAGAUGGCUGACUGGAAUGCAGCCCUUUCUUGUCUCUCCAUGCCGCUGACAGGUAAUCGGGAAGACGAGCACUCUUUCAGGUGCUUUGAACUAGGAGGGCAAAUCCUGCGUAUUCGAGAAGAGAUUUCUAGCGAAGAUAUGCCAACUGGAGGGCGCUUGUGGGAUGCUGGUAUUGCCUUAGCUCACUGGCUAGCAGCUAAAGAUAACGACAGAUCCAGACUCGUUGGGAAGACCAUCCUGGAGUUGGGCAGUGGUUGUGGCCUGCCCGGAAUUGUGGCAGCUCACGUGCUUGGAGGCCAUAUUUUCUUCAGUGACAAAAAGGCGGUGCUGCCACUUACUGCGCUGAACGUAGCUGCCCACUGUCAAGAUUUGCAGACCUCCAUCAUGGAGCUUGACUGGGGCCUGGAGGAACACCGCCUCAAUGCGCUUCAACGCCUGGAUGGUAGCUCCUUUGAUGUGGUCCUCAUGUCGGACUUGUGCUACACGACCUCGGCCUUACCCAAGCUCAAGGACACAGUGCUUCAGCUCACCAGACCCAAUGCCAUGCUGGUUCUGGCACAUAAAGUCAGAAGCGAAGAGCGGAACCAUGAAAACCCCAUGAAGGCAUUGCAACCCUGGUUUGAUGUGUGCCUGCAGAAGACCUUUGGACCUUGUGAUGCCGAAGUGCUCUUGUUCAUCAUGGAGAGAACGCGAUAGUCGUUGGAAAAAGUUGCCAGAAGCGUACAUCAAACUGUAAUCAAGACCGCUCAGAAGUUGGCAAAAGUCCAUGAAGGAUCAUGAAGGCAAAUUGGACCGACUAGAAUACUUAUCACUGUAUCACCAACUCUGUGCUGCGUGCUGAUUCAGUUCCUCUGGCCUAUGAUGCAAUAUGCCGCAAGAAAAACAAUAAUCCGCAAGAACAAUAUAGACUUGAUUAUGAAUUAACUAUGACUAACUAUGACUACUGCAUUUGGACUACUGUAGGGUGCACAAUGGCUAAUGGCAC